CAAGACCUCUGCUGCAGCUCCAAUGGGCCAGAACGGCAGCUGUGACGGCUGCUGCGACGACAGCAGCAAGAUCAACGUCAUCUUCCGCGUGCAAGCCUCCGACUGCACCGAGAAAGGCGAAACACGUAAGCCACCAAGCGGACCUGCCACACUGCAGAGAAGUAUUCUUCGUGUGUGUGUGUGACUCAGUCGCCAUACUGGGCACCCGUGGCGUGCUUGGCGGGGGAGAGGUUGGCCAAGCGCUUCGGAUGGAGGAGAGGAGGGACGGCGAGUGGGCGGCAAUGGUCCGCCUCGACGCUGGUCCGGUCGAGUAUAUCUACGUCAAUCUUGAGAAGGACGGCUCCGUCAAGUACGAGGCCGGCGGGAAGCCGGUGCGCCACUGCCGAAGGUUGAUGAUGGUGCCCGAAGGUCCGGGAUUGCUCAUCCAAGAUGACAUCAUCGGAGAGGCGGACGGCCCACCGCCUGUGCGAAUACAGGUGAGGAGGGAGGCACAUGGAGGUUUUGGUCGUUCGCAGGUCUGGAAAAUGGAUGGAUGUGCGCGUGUGUGGGGGGUUCGUUCAGCCACUCGUUGGCCGCCACAAGCCGAAAAAGGAUCGGGGCACCCAGACGCCCCGGAAGCCACUCGAGUGGCUGAUCUACCCGAUAAUGGAGGAUUCGCCCGAGUAUGUGACUCUUGUCCACGAGUUCUGGCCACACAUGGGAGAGUAGACAGUCAGCUGGGCUGGGCGGUCAGGGCGGCUCGGCAGGCUGGCCCGGCCCGCAGCGUCCGUCCCCAGAACACUGUGCAUCAGUGUGUGUGUAUUCCAUUGCAAUCAUCGCCUCUGUUGUGCGUCCCUUUGUGCUGUGCUUGUACAUAUGCUGGUAUGCUGGCCUUUUGUAAGUAACUGUGUGUCCGUCCG